AUGGAAAAAUCACAAACAGGGCCCCGCCCCCUCCCCGUGGAGAUCAUCCAAUCCAUUCUCCAACAGCUGGACAUCGAGAGUUAUCACGCCGCACGGUCAACAUGUCGCGGUUGGCGAUAUGCGGCCUCAGCGUCGUGGAUGCUUUCACGGGUGCUCCAGCAAACCCAAGCGCUAAUGCCCCCCAGAACAAGCUCCUUGACGGGAGCCGAAUGGAACAGAUAUUUCGAUCAAAUCGCCCGGCUCAACCUCCUCUCAUACCGGACCAACGUCCGGAAGACAGUCUCCAAGCUGCCCUUUCCUUCAGACUGCACGAGACUCAACGUGCAAGCCUCGUCAUCCAAUGGCCACAUAACGGUGGCCUUGGAGGGAGCGCAAUUACGUGUGUACAGCAGUCAAGCGCCCUGGGAGUUUUCAGUGGCUCCAUCAUUGUACCCGCCCUGGGAGUCCAUCUGCAGGAAUUCGAUGAGCAUCAAUGACUCCAUCUACAUACCAAUCAACGAGCAGUACACGAAGUACUGUCUCGCGGUCUCCUCGCGAGGCGACACCCUCGCAGUAGCCCUGGGCAAAAAGAUCCAGAUCUACAGCCUCCGCGACGGAGACGACGAAAGCCGCGCCGCCCCAGUCGAGUACACCAUCAACCAGACCAACAAAGUAUUCCGCUUCGCCCCACCCGCACGCUUCGAAGAAACCGACGGCGUCGUCAAGUCGCUGGAAUUCACAGAAGACGAUGCCCUCCUCCGCGUCUGCAUCCACCGCGAGACCACCUCUCAUCAGCCCUCGCGUGUCCGCUACCUAGGGAACCCGGACCUCGCACGCGGUUGCAACUCGGGCCUGUCGUACUGGCAGGCCAGUCUCAAUCACAUAUAUGUCGACUCGGUCGUUCUCGCCCUCGACCUUGGGAGUCACCGCGCUGGGCGAUGUCUCCUCCGCGGCCUUCGACUCCUCCCGUCGUCCUUCCAGGUACAUUCUCAGCACCGACACCACCAUAGCCACCACCGUUACACCCCGAGAAAGAUGUCCCACUUGGAAACCACCACCGCCACCCGAUACUUCAUCGCCGCUCUUCAAACGAGCCUCGUGGACAGCUACGCUAUCGGCUCCAUCACCCCAGAAGGGCUCACUACCGCCGGUGUCCAAAUCCACCGCGUCUUGCCUUCCCGCUACUACCUCGCGAGCCUCCGCCUACCAGGUGUCAGUAACAACAACAACAACAACAACCUCACCCGCGCAAACCCCUUCCCCAGCCCUUCCCCUCUUCAAAUGCAUCAAGACUACAACAACAACUACAACUACAACAGCAGCACGCCUACCGAUCCAUUCCUCCCCUACAUCAUCCCCCCUCACCCAACAUUCCAUUACCCCUACUCACGCAGACCCAACCCGUGCGCAAACACACCCGCAGACCCAACUCCAGGCACAACCACCACCAACCUCCGCCAUGACUUCCAAAGGUGGUCCGACACGAACCUCCCCUCCGCAACCUUCACCUCGCCCCUCCUCGCCACCUCCUCAGACAACCGCCUCGCGGUGAUUUACGAGCCCGGCGGCUCGCACACCCGCUUCGUCUCCGGCGGCGGCACCCUCUACGUGGUUGACAUCUCGUCCUGCACACCUGCCUACCAGCCCUACGCGGUGCCUCGCGCUUCUGCCGCUGGCAGUCCGACGAAUUCGACGGCUGCGUGGCUGAGGGUGCGGAAAGAGGACGGGCCGCAAGAUAUUAUCCCUGCUUGGCCGUUUUUGCUGGAUCGGCUUUAUUUUGAUGCUGAUGCUGUUGGGGUUGAGGUGCAACAGAACAACCUGACCAAGUAA